UCCAUAAAUGAUAAACCUCAGGGCAUUUCCUCCAUAAAACCUCUCCGAUUUCAUCGUUCCCUCUCCAACAAACAAAACUCCCUCUAACCCAUUUUUCCUUUGCUUUCUUCGCUUCCCUUUUCGUCCACUCUCCUUCUCCCUCCUCGUUUCUAUCUCUCUCUCUCCCCUCCUCCCCCUCUUAGGGUUUCCAGUUUUCCUUUUCCUAAAACAGAAAAAUCUUGCAUUUCCUUGCGAAAAAGGAAAUCAAUGGAUGUUUCCACCAAUGGAAUCGGGAACAAUGUCGUUGAGGUCAGAUUUUGUAGACCCACCGGAAAGUUAAACGGCGUGCCGGCGAGAAAGCCCGAGAAAACAAUAAAGCGUUCAAAUUCUAUCCCCAACGGCAUACCGAAACAGAAAGAUUACGAGGAGGAAGAGGGAGAUGGCUUUUCGGAAAUUGAAGUUGCACAUGCAAAUGGAAAUGGUUACCUGAAAGAACGGGACGACGACGUUUCGCCCACCUCGAUGACCGAAAAGUCGGACGAGUUUCAAACGGUUUCUCCCGAAAAAGCCAAGCACGUGAAAUUAGCCGUUGAGACGCCCGAUACAGCACGGGAAGGGAUCCUCCGUCCUCACGCGCACCUGCCGAAGCCAGAGGCGCCGCCCGGGUUGUGCUCAUCGCCUCCCGAUUCUCCAACUGACGAGGCUUCGAAUAACCAGAAAUUCGGCGUCGACGUGCCGGCGAUUGGGAAGCUCAUCCGGGAGCGAAGCAGCAAUUUCUCGGCGGCGUUCGUGAGGAGGCUGUCGUCGCUGAAGGACCAGCACCUCAGUAGCAACGGAGAAGAAAAUCUGAAAUCGAAAGACGUGACGGAGUUUCAUCUCUCCGGCCUCAAGGUGACGGUCAAGCUCAAGAGCGAGUCUGACGACCACCAGCAGCCACAGGGACAAGCGGCGCUGAAAGGUCGAAUCAGCUUCUUCUCCCGGUCGAACUGCAGGGACUGCACGGCGGUGCGAAGGUUUCUGAGAGAGAAGGGGCUGAAAUUCGUGGAGAUCAACAUCGACGUGUAUCCGAAUCGCGAGAAGGAGCUGGUGGAGAGGACGGGUAGCUCGUCUGUACCUCAGAUUUUCUUCAACGAGAAGCAGUUCGGAGGACUGGUGGCACUCAACUCGCUGAGGAACAGCGGCGGAUUUGAACAGCGGUUGAAGGAGAUGCUCAGCUCGAAAUGUCCCGACGAUGCGCCUCCGCCGCCGGUUUACGGAUUCGACGAUCUGGAUGAGGAGGAGUUGACGGACCAGGUGAUGGGGAUAGUUAGGGUGUUGCGGCUGAAGUUGCCGAUUCAGGACCGUCUGAUGAAGAUGAAGAUCGUCAAGAACUGCUUCGCCGGGAGCGAGAUGGUGGAGGUCCUCAUUCAGCACUUGGACUGCGGACGUCGAAAGGCAGUUGAGAUUGGAAGGCAGCUUGCCAGGAAGCACUUCAUUCAUCAUGUCUUUGGGGAAAACGAUUUCGAGGAUGGAAACCAUUUUUAUCGUUUCCUUGAGCACGAACCCUUUAUUCCCAAAUGCUUUAAUUUCCGGGGAUCCGUAAGUGACAGUGAACCCAAGCCUGCAGCGAAAGUUGGCCAAAGGCUCACCAAGAUCAUGUCUGCCAUACUUGAGUCCUAUGCCUCAGAUGACAGGCGCCAUCUCGAUUACAUUGGCAUUAGCAACAGUGAGGAGUUCCGAAGGUACAUAAACUUGGUUCAAGAACUUCACCGAGUAAACCUUUUUGAGCUCUCAAAAGAUGAGAGGCUAGCUUUCUUUUUGAACCUCUACAAUGCAAUGGUCAUCCAUGCAGUUAUCAGGGUAGGACGUCCACAAGGUGUAAUCGAAAGGAGAUCAUUCUUUUCCGACUUCCAGUAUUUAGUUGGAGGCCAUCCUUAUUCACUCAGUAGUAUCGAGAAUGGGAUCCUCAGAAACAACCGUAGACCUCCUUAUUCCUUGGGCAAGCCCUUUGGGGCAGGAGACAAACGUACAGAGCUUGCCUGUGCUAGAGUGAAUCCAUUAAUUCACUUCGGACUUUGUAACGGUACAAGGUCAAGCCCAACGGUAAGAUUCUUCUCACCCCAAGGAGUUGAAGCUGAAUUGAGAUGUGCAGCUAGAGACUUCUUCAAGAGCGGCGGCAUGGAAGUGAACUUGGAGAAGAGGACCGUGUACCUCACCCAAAUUAUUAAAUGGUUCGAUGGCGACUUUGGACAAGAGAAGGAAAUUCUAAAGUGGAUCCUGAAUUACUUGGAUGCAACCAGAGCAGGUCUUUUGACACAUCUUUUGGGUGACGGAGGGCAUAUAAGUAUUGUGUACCAGAACUACGAUUGGUCCAUGAGCUCUUGAGCCUGCGAAACCCGUUUGCUGCCGUUGUUUAAGAACUGAAACUUAUCACAGGUGAUACAUAUAUAGAUAUAGAUACUUGCUUACCUCAAUUUUUGAUAAAGAGAAUUAGAGGAUUUGUUGAUUUGAAUUCGUUGUGAAGAAAUGGCAAGAGAGAGAGGGAGAGGGGGGAAGGAAUGGAAGUAUGUAACGAGAUUUCCCUUGUAAAUUUCUUCUUCUGUUAAAGUUCAGUUUUUUUGGAUGCAAUGAAAAGCUAGUUUUAGAUAAAACAACAACAACAAAGCGUUAUCGUACUAAUUGAGUUCGAAUAUAUGAAUCCAAGAACUUCGUUGUGCUCGGUUA